GUGGGACGAUGUUUCAGAUUUGAGAACCAUCGAUCCAGACGGAGGACCAACACCCGCAGGGAUGUGACCGAUGGCCAGGGCCACCCUGAAGCAGCUGCUCUCCGUGGUGGUGGUGGGUGUUUUACUCUUGGCCGGUCUCUGGUCCCAGUGCGGCCCAACCCCCAUCACCAGGGCCCCGCAGCCUCUGCAGGUGGCUUACAAGGACAUAGAAUGCCAAAUCAACGGCGAGUACAGCGUGGCCUGCCUUCGGCAAGAGGAGCAAGUGUGGCUGCCUUUCUCUUUCGUGCACAAGUACUUUGAAGUUUAUGGCGAGUUGGGCCAGUCGGCCGACGGGAGCGAGCGCUUUGACUUCUGGCACGCCACGGCCAAAGUGUACAAACCCAAGGCCGACUACGACCCCCAAGGAGUCUUCCUCUUUUUUGACAAUUACAAUGUGGAGGUGCGCGACCGGGUCAAGUGUGUCUCCGCAGACGAAGGAGUUCCAAUCUCAACUCAAUGGGAUCCAUCUGGAUACUAUUAUCCCACACAAGUGGCCCAGUUUGGCCUGGCCCACUACAGCAAGAAUCUGACCCAGCCGCUGCCGACCCGACAAACGCUGGAGGACGGAGGCGACUCCGCCUCCGCCAAAUGGAUCUCCGCCUCCUCCUCGUCCUUCAAGCGAAUCUCAGACUCUGAACGCCAGUCAAAAGUUCUGCUAUUCACUGGCCGCCUGCACACAGUCACGGCCGCCGACUUGCCAUAUUUAGACGUCGACGUUCUUUUCAAGGCCAACAGCUCGUUGUGGGUGGCUGUUGAGCAGAAGGGCCAGCCAACCAGGCGAAUUCACUAUGUCUGCGGCCAGGAUAGGCCAGUGUGGGCCGACGGCCGCGACGCUUUCUACGGGAUGGGGUCCUGCGGCCGCUGGAUCCGACUUAGCCGAGACUUAGCCCUAGACCUGCACAAAGCUAUUCGCACCCCUAGGCGGCCGCGAGGCCUGCAAGUAGUGGCCAUUGGUUUGGACGGCGAGGGCCGUCUUGAUGAUCUCUCCAUCGCCUCUGGGUCAAAUCAUGGGGCCCUUUUCUGGGCCUCGGCCCAAUGGUUUGUGCGCCACCAGACCUCUGAAGGCGGGUGGCAGAUUCCAGUCCGGCGCCGUUUGGCCGCUGGAAUGUCGGUGUUGGCCCCUGGCUGGCUCUCGGCCAUGGCCCAAGGGCACGCCGCCUCCAUCUUGGCGAGGGCCUACCUGCGGUCAGGAGACAAAAAGUACCUGACGGCGGCCGAAAACGGUCUGCGACCCUUCCGGGUGGCCUCGGCCAGGGGAGGCGUCCGGACCUCCCUGUGGGGCCACCCUUGGUUCGAAGAAUAUCCCACCUCACCCCCGUCACUUGUGCUCAAUGGAUUCAUCUAUGCCCUGUUGGGGUUGCACGACCUGCGCGUGAUCGGCCGUUCCAAGGAGGCGGCCGCCCUCUAUGCAGAGGGACUGGCCUCUUUGCGCGCCCUGCUGCCCUUGUAUGACAUGGGCAGCGGCUCGGUCUACGACUUGCGUCACGUGACCGUGGGCUGCGCGCCCAACGUGGCCCGGUGGGACUACCACGCCACCCACGUCAACCAACUGCUGCUGCUUGCCACGGUGGAGCCUGCCGAGGAGCUGCUCGCGCGCACCGCCAACCGUUGGGCCAACUACAUGCUUGGCCACCGCGCUGCACACAAUUGAUAUAUUGCUGUUCGUGGAAAGAAUUAAGAUAACGUCUCAAAGAAGAAUAAUAAAUUAUAUUAAGAAAUAUAUACUUUCGGGGAAAUUCAAUGUACUAAUAUUAGUGCUUGCUCAACUAGGGACGCAUAGGAGCUUACCAGCACUCGACAAUACCAUGUGAUAACUCUUGCCGCAUUCCUGACUAACUUGAUUAUUUAAUUGUAUUUAGAGUAAUAAAACAGGCGAGCUAACCGCACAUAAAA